UAAAAAUAUAUAAAGUGCAUUUGCACCUUACUCUUUCAAUCUCCUUGACAUAGACAAGGCUUCACCAUGAAAAGCCUGAUUUUGAUUGCUGCCCUCCUGGGAGUCUUCCUAACUCAAACUCUAGCAAACGAUAAUAUCAAAAUCAACAAUGCAGGAAAUGAUGGAGGCAAUGUUUACCAGAACGUCAACAUUAACAACCAGGACAAUAUUGCCAGUGUCAACAGCCUGAAUGGCUGGAACUCCUGGGAUUCCGUCUGUGACUUCGGCAGAGGAUUUGCUGCUACCAGACUCUUUAACAAGAAGAUAUGCAUUAUCAACAAGAUGAACAAGUCCUUCCCUACAUUGGCCCAACUGAGUGCUAUCGCCAAGGACAAGCAGAAGCCUGCACCUAAUGCACAAAUGACAAGCUACACUAUCAACCAGAAACCCGUAGUUCACAUUGAGGAGUAUGGGCAGCACAUUGAAUCUCUGUGCAAAGGACUUCCUGCCUACACCGCCAUGGAGAUUCCUAAUGUCGGAGGAGAGUUUUCCUUGUGCAGAAGCAACAGUAUCAUCACUAUUUUGGGAAUCAGCUUCUGUUUUUAAGAUGUUCAUUUGGAGGAUUACAGCUCUCUGACAUGACGCGUUGAGACGUCUUUUUCCAAAUAUUCCACCCUAUGGAAUCUUAAUAUUCUUUCAAUGACAUACAAUAAAAUAUUU